AUGCCUUUCAAGGGCAAAUGCGGCGGCUGCAAGGCGUUCGGUCAUAGGGAACGAGAGUGCCCAGAGAAGGCGCCGAAGCCAAAGCGAAAUGCAAAAACCCUGCCAAACGCUAAAGCCAACGCUAAACAUCUCGAGCAACGACGUAAUCGAAAGCUCAAACCGGUCAAGAUACGAUCCGAUGACUCUAGCGAACGACUGGAGAAAAUCGUCCGAGAUCUAGUGAAGCUCGAGGCAACGAGAUCAGCAUCAGCUCCGGCUCCACAAGCUGUCAAUCAAUAUGUUCUGUUCAGACCUGAAAAUUUCAACUUGCUAGCGCCCGGCAGCUUCGGUGGAAUCAUAGGUGGAAUCAAUAGCAUACGAAACAUUAGGAAUUUUUUGCCUUCGAUCGGGGAUUGUGCUGGAAUGAUGUUGCGUGGGGGCUGGUGGAGCUGGAAUCAUCGAGCACCUGCUAUGCAGGUAGCCGCAGCAACCACUGCCACGGUAGCCUCGACGGGAACCACUGUCUUGGGCGUCCUGGAGGAGUUCGACUGCCAGAUCUCGAGCGCCAGUAGAUUUUUUUCGGUCCCCAAGCAGGAUGAUCCUCACCCACAAGAGGCGGACGAGGCGCUCGAGUUUGCGCGACUUCUUUGCGAGGGCGCUCCAGCGUUAUGGGUUCCGCUGCUUUUCCAUGCUCUGUGCUUACCAAACUUCCGACGUAAGAACAAAAAGGUAUCCAGCACAGUCCACACUUGUGCAUGGGAUACGGUCUUGCAGUCCGGAGUGCUCUCAGUAUGUUUUCCGAAGCUUGCGACGACGAUCUACAAAGGCGCAGGGAACGUUCAAGACGAUACACUCAACAUAUUCGACUUCCUCGCUCCCUCGAAUUGGAGACCGGGUAGCUGUGAAUACGCUAGUCCUCAUGUCUUGAUGGUCUAUCGUGGCAUCCAGCAGCUUGGCGAAACGCUCAACAAGUCGAUGGAGAACAGGCUGAGGGCCGUGUUCAAGUUUCCGCUGUCGUCGUACGGCUGCCUUCUCUGGGACAUUGUAAAAGAGCCACAACUGCGUACCUUGGUCGCUAUGGUCGAGCAGCAGCCGAACAUUCCUGCAGUCUUCGAUGCCAUCGCAAAGUCCAUGGGCUUAGACGAAUUCAGUGUACACCUUGGUCGCACAUAUAUGAGGCUGAAGCAUACUUUCCUUGCGCAACGACAGGUAUCACUAACCUGGUUUCACCGACGAAUCAAGGCGAGCGAGGCGAGGGUCGCGUGCAGAUCUGCGACUGAAUCGCCCUGCAGUCUUUGGCAGACUGAGCUGCAGCACAUAUUUGAUAUGAUACAGGAUCCAGAGUGGCUCGACCCACAGCACGCAGAGCCUACGCUCACGCAGAUAGUGCCCAUCUCCCCAGAUAUGCAUCCAGCACAGAUCUCAGACGAGGAGACCGUGCCGUCUGAUGCAACUUCUACCUACACUGUAUCAGCAGACAGCACGCCAGCCAUUGGCACGCCAUUGGACACCGCGCCGGCCUCCAUCGUCCCAUGGGAUACUGAUACUGCCGACACUCUCUCAGCGGACAGCGUACCCACUAUCACGCCACAGGAAAUAGAGCCAGCAGAGAUCAUAUCAGCUGAAUUCUCCUGUGCCAGCACUGUAACAGCAAAUAGUAUGCCAGCCGCUAUCAUACCGUCAGAGACCGACCGAGCAGAGAGCAUGCCAUCUGGGCUCACUGCUGCCAGCAAUGUAGCGGCAGACAGUAUGCCAGCCGUUGUCACACGAUCGGCAACUGCAAGAGCAGACAUCGUGUCGACAGAGGCCGUGCCUUCACGACCAGCAACAGCAGAGAUCUUUGUCGAGUCCAAAUCUCACAGCAGCACGACGACAAAAGCGGCGCCAGGAGAUGUCGUAGCAACGCUAGUUACGACAGAAGAUGCUCUUUCGCAUGAGUCUACGAUUGUCGGCAGCCCACAGGCAGAGAGCCUGUCCGACGAGUCUAGCAAGCAAAAGGUCGCCGAAGCGAACAUAGUAUCGACAGAUGUCGUAGUUCCUGCUGGAUCACCACCAGGGCCCUUGAAUGACGACCACAUGUCUGGUGUAUCCAGUUCGGCACACACUGAAGCAGGAGACGCAGUCACAGGAAAGAGAAAGCGCACGAAAGACGGGUGCGAUGCACAGGCGCAACCCCUCCAGAAGAAGGCCCGUCAGAGCGUCAUGCCAGACCAGGACGAAGCCGAGAUGGUGCAGGUCGAGAGCGAUGAACGAUCAGAGACCGCAAGCCCGCUAAUGUCUGUUGCCAAAUUGAGGGGCGACUCCAUUGGCAGUGUCGACUCGGGAAUUGGGAUGGGGCGCACUCUGUAA